GUCUGUCGCGGUGUCUCGUCUCGGUAUCGUUCGUUGCUCGCUGGGAUCGAUCGAUGGAUCGAGCACAUCAUCAUUUCUAUAAAGUGCCACUCCUGCCGUCGAUCUGGUUUAGUUUGAUAGCCGAACCGAUCCUAGCAGCAACAGCAGCAGCACGUUUUUUCGGGAAACUAGUGCGUGUGUGGGAAGUGUCGCGUGUUUCCGCUUGAUCGUUAGCGUCCUACCUACGUCCAAGUGGUUUGUCGCGAGGAGAGCAAGUGAAAGUUCUUCUUCGCAGCUGCAGUCUGUUGGUGGAUUGUGAAAUUUUGAGGAAAAGAGCCGGUGGAAAGUGAAAGCUGAAAUGAAAAUUGUGCUGGUGAUCGUGUGUGGUUUCCUGGGCGUUACGUAUGCCGCCAAGAUAAAGAUCCCGUCGAAGAACCGGAACGAUGACCUGUUCUCGGAGGACGAGUUCACUUUCCCGGUGGAGGACAACAAGGAUCCCACCAUCUUCAAGGGGGACGUGAUGAAGGCCGGUAUUCUGAUGGCCGAAGUCAAGAACCAGGGCAAGGGCAAGUUCAAAUAUGCCGUGGAAACCGCGAACGGUAUCGAAAUCGAGCAGAUCGGCAAGCUGAGGAAUGACAACAAAACCUUCGUGGUCAUGGGAUCGUACACCUACACGGGAGCCAACGGCAAGCGAUAUCGCGUCCGAUACACUGCUGACGAGUUUGGCUAUCAUCCCAUCACCGAGCUGGACAUCGACAUCCCAGAACCCGGCGCAGCCGCACCAGCUCCCAUCAAACCCUCCACGUUCAAACCGAAGGCUACGACGACCACUACAACCACGACCACCGAGCAUCCGGGGUACUCGUACGAGCGUCCCACGAAUGGCUAUCUGCCACCCACCAACGGUUACCUGCCGCCAUCCAACCAGUACCUGCCGGCGAAGGACGCCAACGAGCCGCCAGUAAAUCAACUCCCACCUCUGUUCAGCCCCCAGUACCGGGGACAGAAUAUUCUCUAAUGUGUGUGUGGGCCUUAGCUGAUAGCUGGGAGGGCUAGUGCUAGAUAGAUUUUUUGCCAUUGCACAUGACUAACAUGAUAAUCCCAUAGUCACACUCAAAUCUCUCAUAACAACAGAAUAAAAGAAAACAGUAGUUGUUUAGGCAACAGUUUCCAACAUUCUUCAUUGAUGGCGACACGUGUAAAUAUAGAUUGAAUACUCUCUAGGAUUAGGAUAUUUAUAACUUGAAAUAAAGCUUAGUAUGAUACAAAUUUGCGUUGUGGCUUGAGGCCAAUUGCAACCAUA